GCCAUGCCUCCCCCACGGAGACAUGAACACUCAGGAUUUCCCUCCUGUCUGGACACGUUUUCCAAAAAGGGUUCUUCAAAAAUUACUGGGUUAUUUAUUUCUUCAGUGGCACCUGAAAAUUACUUGCACUCAACAAGCCAGCAGAGUGCCAGCUGUCUCAGGGCAGUGGUUUUCUUCCCGCGCUAGUCCCCCAGGACACUCGUAACUUCCUUUCCAAGGAAUGUGUGAGAAGUGCUAUUCGCUGCUUGUCCCUGACAGUGACAGGAGCCAGAUGAUCCUUGUAACUCCAGUUGCUCUUCCUUCCCCAGACGAAGUCAUCCGGAAGCGUCUCCUCAUUGAUGGAGAUGGUGCUGGAGAUGAUCGAAGGAUUAAUCUGCUAGUGAAGAGUUUCAUUAAAUGGUGCAGCUCUGGCUCCCAGGAAGAGGGAUACAGCCAGUACCAGCGUAUGCUGAGCACGCUGUCACAGUGUGAGUUUUCAAUGGGCAAAACCUUGCUGGUGUAUGAUAUGAAUCUCAGAGAAAUGGAAAAUUAUGAAAAAAUUUACAAAGAAAUAGAAUGUAGCAUUGCUGGAGCACAUGAAAAGAUUGCUGAGUGCAAAAAGCAAAUUCUUCAAGCAAAACGAAUACGAAAAAAUCGCCAAGAAUACGAUGCUUUAGCAAAAGUAAUCCAACAUCAUCCAGACAGGCAUGAGACAUUAAAGGAACUAGAGGCUUUGGGAAAAGAAUUAGAGCAUCUUUCACAUAUUAAAGAAAGUGUUGAAGAUAAGCUGGAAUUGAGACGGAAACAGUUUCAUGUUCUUCUUAGUACCAUCCACGAACUUCAGCAAACACUGGAAAAUGAUGAAAAACUCUCAGAGGUAGAAGAAGCUCAGGAAACAAGCUUGGAAACAGAUCCUAAGCCGUAGACAGGCUAAUCACUCCCCGUUGCCAAGAAUAUUGAACUAGCUACAUAAUCUUGGUGUGCUUAGAAAUUAUUGUGCUUUUGAGAUAUUUAAAAUAUCUGCAGUGAAAUACUUUGCUUUUAAAAUUAAUGUACAUUUUAUUUGUAGUUCUUCACACAAAGGAAAAUGACUUCAGAAUAGAUUUGUUUUUUUAUUAAAAUUCAUUUUUAUUCUUAAAAAGUAGGAAGCAACAGUCUAAAAAUGUUUAAUAAAGUGUUUUCAAGC